AUGUCGGCAGCCAAUGCAGCAGCAGAGGCAGAAGUGGUGAUGCCUACAUACUUGGCAUCAUCAUCUAUUUCGCUUGUGGGGUGCUUACUCUCCUUUGCCUCCUUUGCGGCCUUUCCCGACCUCCGAAGCCACCCGUCCAACAUCAUCCUCUUCAACCUCGUCGCCGACUUCUUCUUCACUCUCAAGUUCUUCAUUCUCUCCACAGUAUGGUAUGCCACACCAUCACACACCAGAUCGUCGCUCCUCGGCAAGUCCUUUCACUUUAUUCCUGAUGGCUGUGUCUCGGCCUCUAUCUAUGGCCAGUUCUUCUCUCUGGCGUCAACAUCGUGGAAUGCCGUCUGGUGCUACAACCUCUACCGCGAGCUGGAGAAUCCCGUCAAGUCGACAAAGCCCCUGAUGAAGGUCUACCAUGUCUUUGUAUGGGGCAUUGCGGUUGUUGCCGUCUUGGUCAUUGUCAUCACCGAUGCCUACGCCCUCGCCUCGGAUCAGACCUGCUGGGUCUCGGCCUCGUCGGCGGCUUCCUGGAUCACAAACCUCCUCAUCAACGCCUACCUUGUUGGUGCCAUUGCCUCGCUUGUCUACGUUGUCCGUCGCCUCCGUCGCGGCCUCUCCAUCACCCGUCACAAGCGCCGCCAGCUCGCCCUCUACCACGUCAUCUACGUUGUUGUUUUCAUCGCUACCUGGCUCCCGUUUGUUGUCUUUGGCUGGUGGGUCCUCCUCGCGCCGUCGUCGCCUGUCCCACGUUUCCUGCUACAGAUGAACGCCGCCGCCUACUGCUCGCAGGCGGCCGCGGUCUCGUUUGUCCGCCUCGCCGACCCACGCGUCCGCCGCCGGGUCCGCAACGCCAUCCGCGCCCGCCUCGGUCUCCAGCUCAGCACCGAGCCGGCACUCCGUGAUCUUGACGACUUUGCCCACACAGCCUCGCGCCCGCUCGCUCCCUCGCAAGCCCGCAUCGAGCCCAUGCCCAUCGACGAUGCCGGCCCGCACGAUCUCGUGGCUGACCAGUCGCUCACCGUCUCGGCCCAGCACCGGUUCUUUGACGAGCAGCGCGCGUCGGGCUACUUUCCGCCGCCCAUGGUCCCGGCCCCACUCAUCCUCCCCGCCCGCUCGCGAACCAUUUUUGACACGGUAGAGGAUCUCGCCGAGGCCGACGGCGACUCGGGCUCGCCGCUCUCGCUCAUGAGCUCCUCGGUCAGCGACGCAAGUACGCCAGUCCGUGCCACCCGCGGCGCAGGCGACAUCUUCCGCCACGAGCUUAUGGUCUGCCUCUUCUCCGGCCUUGAGCAAGCCUUUGCUGCCGAAGCCUUUCUGGCCGCCCGCGGUGAGCCGCUGCCGGCCGACGAGCUCCAGACCCCGAUCUCGGUCUCAGUCUCUGCUGCCGCCGACGUUGCCUCUACCGGCACGCCUGCAACGUCGGAUCAUUCGCUGAUCAUGACCUCGUACGCGCCGGACGCCUUUGCUGCCGUCCGCGCCCUCGCAGGUGUCGAGCCCGCCGACAUCAUCGCUCGCCUCAACGCCGCCGACUACCUCACCGGCGCCAUUCACGCACACUUUUCCGCCGCCGCCUCUGGCUCGUUCUUCUGCAAGUCGCCCGAUGGCCUGUUUGUGGUCAAGACCAUGGACAAGCGCGAGCUCGCCGUCCUCCUCGAUCUCAUGCCGGCGUACACCGCCCACCUCACGCGUUACCCUCGCUCGCUCCUGUGCCGCUUCUACGGCGCCUUUGCCGUCUCGGGUGGCAUCUUCAAGACCACGUACGUCAUCAUCAUGUCCAACGUCCUUGCGCCCGACGCGCCCGUAGACGCCGGCGACGCGGGCGACCUCAUUCCGCCGCACUCCUUUGACACAGUCUUUGAUCUCAAGGGCUCGACUGUUAAUCGCUCCGCCCUCAAGGUCGAGGCCCUCGAGCCGGGCGCCUCGCUCUCGGACGCUGCCUCGGGCAAGAUCCUCAAGGACAACGACUUUGGCCUCCGUAGCGACGGCCUGCUCCUCGGCCCUACGCUCCGCGCGCAGUUCCUCGACCAGCUCCAUGCCGACACCGAGCUCCUCCGCAGCCACAACAUCAUGGACUACUCGCUGCUUGUCGGCAUCGCCCCGGUCGUGGGUGAGCCCGACAUUCUCGAGUCGCGUGCAGCCGUCACUUUUGGCUACGACGAGCUGGGCGGUUACAUCGUCUCGCGCAACGACGUCGAGCAAGUUAUUCCCCGCGAGUGGUACGCUUUUGGCCUCAUCGACCUCCUCCAAAAAGGCAUCAAGCAGAUCCGCCACACCUCGCGGACCGUCGACAUCUCAUCCAUCUCGGCUGACCAGUACGCGGCACGAAUGCUCGAGUUUUUCGCCGACACUACUAUUUAG